AUGCCCAACUUAGAAGAGUCUUAUACUUCUCUUAUUCAUCCAGAGAUAACAGGGUCAAUAUCGGGACUCUACACAAUCACAAACACACCAUGGAUUGCCCAAAACACUCGGUCUGAUCCCAUAGACUCUUCAAAAAUUGAUUACGAUGAUCUAACCAGCGUAACCAUUGGAUCUCCCUCCAACCCCAUUCGUGUGACCUGGCCUCUCGCAGUCUUCUGCAUGAACUCUCUCUUUUUCCGUAGCAUCUUCAUGCCAGAAACACCCACGGUACCAGAUACCACGCCUUCUUACAUUCGCGCUCUCCGUCUGGAACACCAACGCACAAAUAACAUCCCAUUCCCCUGCAUUACACUCGCCGAAACAGACGCUUUCUCCAUCUUUGUAUCAUGGAAUACGACCAACGAGUUGAAAUCUUCGACCAAAUUUGUCGGUAUCACUAGUGUUAAUGUUUAUGAACGCAUUCGACAGUACAACAAACUUUGGGAUCAGCUAAUUGAAUGUUACAAACUCUCUCAAUUUAUAAUCGCGCCUAAAUUCGCCAACAAGAUCAUCGAUACUAUGAUAUGUGCCUUGAGAGAAGAAUGCGGAUGGCAAACUCAUCGGAGACAACUAGAAGAUGAAGAAGAUGAAAAUAUUCUCGCAACUCCCGGAACUCCAGAAUAUGACGCAUUGAUUGAUCGCUUAUCCCGACUUACAACCGAAGGAAACGAUAACCUAUUCAAUCAAACACAAUCUUCAAGUACCCCACAAAUGGUAGAUCAAAAUAACACUCCGAAUCGGAAAACCAAACUCCUUCCACCGGAUGCGAGAAAUAUUCUCGGUGGAUCACCUACGCAAAUCUCUCAUUUGUAUGCAUCUACAAACCCGGAUUCGCCGCUGCGAAAAAUGCUCGUUCAGAUGAUCAUCAACUAUUCCGUGCGCUAUCCUAAGUACUACGCUCAACCUUCCAGUUUUAGCAGUCUGAUCGCAGGCGGGGAGCCAGAUACACAAGAGAGACUCUCAGUCCCGAUGGAAUUCAUGAUUGAUCUAUUGGGCGCGUAUGCAAAGCUGGGAAAAGAAGCGAGAGAUAGAGGAUGGAGAGAGAGGGGUACGGCAUGUGUGUAUCAUGAGCAUAAGGAUGAUGUUGAGGAGAUGAAUUGUCAGGUGCAUAGUGCGAGAGAGAGGAAUAAUGCAGAGGGAGGUGAGGAUGUGACAAUUUCGUCGGCGGUGGGAUAUUUGAUGGGUUGA